AUGGCUCAGCUCGAGGUUCCCAAACAGCGCUCUACAGGAAGCCCAAAGAAGAAGACAGAAUGCAGCAAGGAAUUCUCCUCCUUCUCGUCUUCAGGAUCAUCCUCGUCUAUCGAUAUACCUGUAGUCUUCAGCGUAUUUUAUGGCAAACCACACAGCCCUUCUUGUCAGCCGGCCUCCCCACAACCACUCCAACACGCCUCUUUCGAGACCAAAGUCAGCCAUACAUUUAUUGAACACGCUCGAAAGAGUACGGAAGAAUCGCGAGGUAGGAUAUGGGAACGUCGCAAGCAUCGCCGGGACUGCGACUCCAUCCAGUUUAGAGAGAUAGUCUCUCUAGCGAGCGCACACCAUGACCAGAUACUAGAGCUGUGGGGGAGCAAACACUGUGCCAUCUGUGAGAAACAGCCCGCUGCAGCAGUGGUUUACCUGCCUAUUUGCUGCACGUAUGAUGGAUACUAUACGCUUGCAGACGGAGAUAAGUUGUUUGCGCUGAUGCUGUCGAUUUCAAAACUUGUUGCAGAGCUCGACUCGGAUGUGAAGGUCCGUUCAGCCAUCGGAAGCAACGUCCAUGUGCCAUAUAUCAACGGCCUUGCUGUGCCAGUCUGUUUGACAGGCGAUAAAUGCCGCAAGGAGGCCAACUCGGAUAUCGUGAAGUUCUUAAAGGCCUUCGGAUUCGAUGACAAUCUCGCUGCAGAUGAAGCAAAAGCCGAUAGCGAGCAUAACGACGAGGAAAGGGCAAAGGAUGAACAGACACGGGCAUUCAGACCGUUCCCGCAGCGUCGAUCGACUUGCAGCUCGAAAUUUGCCACGGAUAUGGCCAUGUUUCGCGAUGCCAUCGAAGCCGAUGAAUGGGAAGACGACGAUGUCAGUGAUAGCAGUGAUGAUGCUAUGCCAAAUGAACCACCCAUCCCUAGCAUCCCUGGCAACAGCCCUACGCGAACGUAUAUGCGCGAACGAGUUCCGCUGAGAUAUACGGUAAUAUGUGGCCAGCCGAUACUGAGCCAGAGUCAGGGCUUGAAUGUUACUGAGGUUGAUGCUGGUCGUCUAACUUGUCUGGUCUUUACCUCUCGAUGGGAAGCCGGUCUGCUGGAAUCUGUUGCAAAUGCCAGCAAUGAUCCAGAGCCAUAUCAGAUAAUAGCCUCGUUCCACGAACGAUUUAUCAUGGCGUCUGCCGAAUUCCGCUGCUGCAUUUGCCCGAAUCCUGUGUUGGCCACAACGUUGGUUCACUGUCCGAUCUUCUUCAGGCGAGAUUCCGAUAAUGCCCCCUGUAACUUGCCUCAUCGACAAUCAAUGAUUAAGUUAUUACAAUAUACAAAAGGGCGAUGGAACUACCCCCAGACAAAGGCAGCGUUGGGGGCCUCCAUAUGUGAAGAAACCGCGAGAACCGCAGCAAGACAGUUCAUCGACGAAACACUAGUUGCUGGCACGAAGAGAUGUUAUCCUGAAUUAUUGCCGGAUACUGACCUUCUAAGUACAUACUGGGUUGAGAAUGGAGGCAAAAUCCCCAAGCUGGUAGUUGAAAGGAUAGGACUUGGCAUGUUCACUGACUCCAACCAAAGAGAUGAUGUUAGGUCAGAAGAAAUAGUGAAGAACAACCGAGCCAUCGAGGAGUUAAGGCUCUCUGUCAAAGCUAAACGAGAGAAUGGAGGCGGUACUGCUGGUUCCGAUGCAUACGUGCCUAGCCUCGAUGGUAGAGGAAACGACGCCGGCCCCUGUCUUCCCGAAGAGCUACGUAAGGAACUCAUACAAGAGGGAGGAAAAGUCUACACUUAUAACAUCGAAGAUGAAGAUGCAAUGGGCUCUGCUGAAGCCGAGGAAAGAGGCAUACCAACCUGGGGCGGAUAUCCUCUUAGUGAAGAGUCAGCCAAACUGGUAGCAGCAGGACUACAUGAGACGACGCUGGUGAAACCUAUGAUUACGAUGGAGGUGCUUAAGACAUUGGAGAGUACGAAGGAGUUUAUCAAGGAACGAUAUCAUCUACGUGAAGACGAGGGAGAUGUCAAGGAAAUGUCAUAA